AUGACAAGGGAAGACUUAAAUGAUAUCCACUCUUUCGGGAUUACUCGCGACAAGAGACACCUGAGGGAACAAUCGGCUGCAGAGCAAGUUUUGACAGGCUUGGGUCCCGAGGAGGUGCUUUCUACCAGCAUAUGGGGCCCUGGUCGAGGUUUCGAGAUUUGCUAUGAAUCCCUCCUCUUGGUUGGGCAGCCUCGAAUUAAGAGUACCACAGUUCACCGAAUUCAAACACAGAAAAUCUCCUUGGAAUCCAAGAAGAACAUCAAGCAGGAGGCCCAGCGAGAUCUCCGAGACAAAAAGACCAAGGCAGAGAGGAGGCAACUCAGCCCUUUCAAAAUUGUUUUAUGUGAUCGCCCCUACGUCUUCCAUAGGUGA